AGCUCUAGUUCCCUGAUGAUGUUGAAUUAAGGCUGGACAGUGGUGAUGUCACUGCAAAUGAGUGAGGCAGAAGGGGCUGUGAAAGUGGAAGAGUGGCAGCAGACGUUUUACGCCUCUGACUCGGGGAUUCAGUCCGGCGCCACCACGAUUCGUGAUGAGGAGGAAUCUGAGUGCUGUAAGAAGUAUAGCGUCAGUGCCAGCGCUGUGGAGAGCGCCACAGACGUUGAGGCUCAAUACAGUCUAACUCGAGCCCAGAGAGUGCGUGCAGCCAUGUUCCCCGAGACGCUAGUGGAGGGAGAGACGGUGCUCACCACACAGAACAAUCCAGACCAGCCGACCAAUGUCCAGAGACUGGCCGAGCCCUCGCAGCUGCUGAAAACAGCCAUCGUACAUCUCAUCAACUAUCAGGACGAUGCCGAGCUGGCCACACGUGCCGUACCAGAGCUCACCAAACUGCUGGCCGAUGACGACCAGGUGGUGGUAAACAAGGCAGCCCUCAUUGUGAACCAGCUGACGCGUAAGGAGGCGUCCCGUCGUGUGCUCAUGCAGUCUCCUCAGAUGGUGUCCGCUGUGGUGAGGGCCAUGCAGAACACUGGAGAUCUGGAGACGGCCCGCUGCGCUGCCAGCGUCCUGCACAGCCUGUCCCACCAGCGCGAGGGACUGCUAGCUAUCUUCAAAUCGGGUGGCAUCCCCGCACUCGUGCGCAUGCUCAGUUCCCCUAUGGAGUCAGUGCUGUUCUAUGCCAUCACCACGUUACACAACCUGUUACUGCACCAGGAGGGAGCCAAGAUGGCGGUGCGUUUGGCCGAUGGACUGCAAAGAAUGGUCCCCCUUCUGAAAAAGUCCAACCCAAAGUUCCUGGCCAUCACCACAGACUGCCUGCAGCUGCUCUCUUACGCCAAUCAGGAGAGCAAGUUGAUCAUCCUGGCAAAUGGUGGGCCAGAAAGUUUGGUGUUCAUUAUGAGAAACCACAACUAUGAAAAGCUGCUAUGGACCACCAGCAGAGUCCUGAAGGUGCUUUCGGUCUGUCCGAGCAACAAGCCGGCUAUCGUUGACUCUGGAGGUAUGCAGGCCCUUGGCCAACAUCUCACAGGUUCGAGUCAGCGUCUAACACAGAACUGCCUGUGGACCCUGAGGAAUCUCUCUGAUGCCGCAACCAAGCAGGAAGGUCUGGAUGGUCUCCUGCAUAUCUUAGUGAGUCAGCUGGGCUCGGAUGACGUGAACAUGCUGACCUGCGCUACUGGCAUCCUGUCAAACCUCACCUGCAACAACGCACGCAACAAGGCCCUGGUCACUCAGAGCGGCGGGGUGGAGUCCCUGAUUCACGCCGUGCUUCGAGCCGGAGAGAAGGAGGACGUGGCCGAGCCGGCGGUCUGUGCCCUGCGUCACCUCACGAGCCGUCACCCCGACGCAGAGCUGGCCCAGAAUGCAGUGCGUCUGCAUUACGGCAUCCCCGCCAUCACCAAGCUCUUGGGUCAGCCGCACUAUUGGCCUGUGGUGAAGGCCACAGUGGGCUUGAUUCGCAACUUGGCCCUGUGUCCAGCCAAUCAGGCGCCUCUGAGGGAAUCUGGGACAAUCCCUCGACUGGUCAACCUGCUUUUGAAAGCUCAUCAGGAAACUCAAAGACACGGCUCAGGGGCCCAGCAGACCUAUCAGGAUGGCGUGCGAAUGGAGGAGAUUGUGGAAGGCUGUACAGGCGCUUUGCAUAUACUGGCCAGAGAUCCGAUCAACCGAGGGGAAAUCGCCAGCAUGCAGACCAUUCCUCUGUUUGUGCAACUUCUGUACUCAUACGUUGAGAACAUAAAGCGCGUGUCCGCCGGUGUUUUGUGUGAACUCGCUCUGGAUAAGCAGUCUGCUGAGAUGAUUGACGCAGAAGGAGCAUCUGCACCUCUUAUGGAGCUCCUGCACUCUCCCAACGAGGGGAUUGGUGAGUGA